AUGGUCACUCCCGCCGACAUGAUCAGAGAGCUCACCCUCAACAACAAAAUCCUCGUCAAGAAGAAUGAAGCUCUCAAGGUCGAAAACCACAACCUCAAAGUCACCAACGACAUGCUCAAGAAUAAGGCCGCUACCGACCAAGCCAUCAUGAACGCCGCCGUCACCAUCAAGAAUCUCGAGGCUUACAAUCAGACCCUUGAGAACGAGAACCAGCACCUCAGAGAGCAGCUCGAGCACUGCACUGAGAAAAAGAAGAUAGACAAGAAGUUGGAGAUCUUGCGAAAGGAGGUUGAGGCUAUUGAUGAGGAGCUUGAGAAGCGUAUGAGGGAGAUGAACAUCAUGCAUGAACUGAACGAGAAAAUCAAGCUUUUGAAGCAGAUUAAUGCUCAGGAAGAUGGCCAGAACGAGAACGAGUCAGAUUCUGAUGAUGUCUUCAAGGUGCACACCAAGGAAGACAGCAAGUGA